CUCAAGAAGUAAUACGUGAGAGAGGAAAGGCGUUGAUGCUCUCCCCGUAAAAGAAAGUGAGAGGCGCACAAAAAGAAGGAAAAAGAAUCAAAUCCCAAGUUUGACUGGAACCCCCACCAGAUACGUGAUCAAACACACCAUUUCACUUCAUCAAAAAAUCCUCCUCUUUCUCUUCUUUUUUGCCUUCCCUCUGAUUCUUAAUUUGUAGACACAAACAAACACACACACACACACAUUGAUACAGAUUGUUAGUGAGCUGUAUAGUAGUAGUAGUAUAUUAAUGGAGUUCACAAAUUGUCUGUGAGAGCCGACAGCUCUGAACAUCGUACCCGAAAGCCAAGAAAGGGUCAAGACAGCCUUUUUUUUUUUAGAGUACAGACUGAACUGUGGAGUGUCUGAGUCUGGUGGUGGUGCUGGUGGCUGAAUUUGGGUGAGUGGUGUGUUGGGCUCAUUUCAUUCUAUUUACGUAGUACCCUUUUCAUUAACAAACUCUGAGAGUUGUCUGUGUUGUUGUACAACUCGAACUUCAAAGGACAGGGGGGAGUACUUUGGUGUAUUGUACCCACUGAGAUAUAAACACCUGUCCUAUUUCCCUCCACCACUGUAUAUGGACUGCUCCUGGUAAUAAGGGAAGAACUUCAAGAAAGGUUGGGAUAUGAAGAGCAGGGGUGAAUAAUAAACAGUUGGGGUUGGAGAAAGUGGCGAAAACAGGGGGAGGAGGUGGGAGAAUAGAAUCUGUGCAGAAAAAAUCAACCCCAAAAUAUCAAGAAGAUUGAUCUUAUGCAGUUGGAGGGAUUCAAUACAAUACCUGCAGAGAAGGAUGAACAACAAUCAAAGUGCGAUCAAGAAAGCUGCUUUUCUGACAGUGGUUCUUAUGGGUUUUUGCUUCAUGGGAUUAACUGCGAGAAAUUUGUCCGCAAAGCCACAGAAUGAUGGAGGUGAAGUUGGCAGCUUAUUAGCCUUCAAGAAGUCAUCAAUUGAAGCUGAUCCGAAAGGCUUCUUGAGCAACUGGCUCCCAUCUUCUUCAACCCCAUGUUCUUGGAAUGGCGUUUCGUGCUCUGAUGAUGGCGGCCGAGUCACGAAGCUCGACUUCACAAAUGCAGGCCUAACUGGCCACCUUGAAAUCUCUGAUCUCAUGGCGCUGAACAGUCUCACCACGCUUCUUUUCAGUGGCAAUUCUUUCUAUGGAAAUCUUUCUUCCUCUGCUAAAUCUUGCAGCUUUGAGUUUCUGGAUUUAUCUCUCAAUAGCUUCUCAGAGCCACUUGCCGCAGACUCUUUGUUCAUCUCUUGCAGUGGACUUGCUUAUUUGAACCUCUCCCACAACUCAAUCUCAGGUGGGAGUCUCAAGUUUGGACCUUCUCUUGCUCAACUUGACCUCUCCGCGAACAAGAUUUCCGAUUUAGGCCUGUUGAGUUCCCUUCUUUCCAAUUGCCAAAACUUGAAUCUGCUUAAUUUCUCAAGCAAUAAGUUGGCUGGUAAGCUAGAAACCACUCUCUCCUCUUGCAAGAGCCUCUCGGUUCUUGACCUCUCCAACAACCAUUUGUCCGGUGAACUACCACCUGCCUUCAUGACAAACUCAAUGGCGUCUUUGAAAAAUCUUGAUCUUUCAAGCAAUAACUUUAGUGGCAAUCUCCUCAGUUUCGACUUUGGGGUUUGUUCAAAUCUCACUAUACUUAAUCUCUCCCACAAUGGUUUCUUUGCUACUGGAUUUCCGGCGAGCUUAACGAGCUGCCAGAGCCUUGAAACUCUAGACGUUAGCCACAACUUAAUCCAGCUCAAGAUUCCAGGGGCCUUGUUCGGUAAAAUGAAGAAUUUGAGGCAAUUGGUAUUGGCCCAUAAUGAGUUCUUUGGAGGUAUUCCAGAAGAGUUGGGUGAAAUAUGUGGAACACUUGAGGAGCUUGAUCUUUCUGCUAACCAGCUAACCGGUGGGCUUCCGUCAAACUUCGUCUCUUGUUCUUCACUCUUUAGUCUAAAACUUGGUAAUAAUCAGCUCUCAGGCAGUUUUCUAGAUACUGUUGUGAGUUCUCUUACGAGUCUUAAGUAUCUGUCUGUUGCAUUCAAUAACAUUACCGGUCCGGUGCCACGUUCGUUGACGAAAUGUACUCAGCUUCAGGUUCUGGACCUCAGUUCCAAUACUCUGACAGGGGAAGUACCGUUUGAGUUUUGCUCAAGAACACCAGAUGCAGUUCUUGAAAAAAUGUUGCUGGCUAAUAAUUAUCUCUCAGGAUCAGUGCCGUCCGAGCUCGGACUGUGCAAAAAGUUGAGGACAAUUGAUCUCAGCUUUAACAAUUUGAAUGGUUCAAUCCCACAGGAAAUCUGGAACUUGCCAGAGAUUUCGGAUGUAGUCAUGUGGGCAAACAAUCUCACAGGUGAAAUUCCUGAAGGCAUUUGUAUCAAUGGUGGGAAUCUUCAGACCCUGAUUCUGAACAACAAUUUUAUAAUGGGAAGUCUGCCGAAGUCCAUUGUCAACUGUACCAAUCUAAUUUGGGUGUCGUUGUCCAGCAACCGGAUUUCUGGGGCAAUCCCUUCCGAUAUUGGUAAUCUUGUCAACCUUGCUAUCCUUCAGCUUGGAAAUAAUUCUCUAAGUGGAGCAAUUCCAUCAGGAAUAGGCAACUGCCGAAGCCUGAUAUGGCUAGAUUUGAAUAGCAAUGAGUUGACAGGUCCCCUUCCCAUGGAGCUUGCUGCACAAACUGGUCUUAUAGUGCCUGGAGUUGUUUCAGGAAAGCAGUUUGCCUUUGUCAGAAAUGAAGGUGGGACGGAAUGUAGAGGUGCCGGGGGACUAGUCGAAUUUGAAGGGAUUCGUGCUGAUAGGCUGGCGAAUUUUCCUAUGGUUCAUUCUUGCCCAUCAACCCGAAUUUAUUCCGGUGUAACAGUUUAUACUUUUGCAGGCAAUGGAAGCAUGAUCUACCUCGAUCUCUCCUACAAUCACUUGUCAGGGACAAUCCCUGAAAACUUAGGAGCGAUGAGCUUUCUGCAGGUUCUCAAUCUGGGGCACAACAAUAUAACUGGAGAAAUACCCUUCAGUUUUGGUGGCCUCAAGAGUGUUGGAGUUCUCGAUCUCUCCCACAAUAAGCUUCAGGGAUUCAUACCAGGGUCAUUAGGGGGCCUCUCGUUUCUCAGCGAUCUUGAUGUUUCUAAUAAUAACCUCUCAGGGCCUAUUCCUUCUGGAGGGCAGCUGACUACUUUUCCGGCCUCAAGAUACGAAAAUAAUUCCGGCCUUUGUGGGGUUCCUUUGCCUCCUUGUGGCUCUGCAUAUGGCCAUCGUGCAUCACACUCUUCUAACCGAGGGAAGAAGCAAAGUAUGGCUGUAGGAAUGGUGAUCGGUAUUAUGGCUUCUGUUACGUGUAUACUCCUGCUUCUAUAUGCACUCUACAGAGCCAAGAAAAGCCAAAAGAUGGAAGAAAAGAGAGAAAAGUACAUUGACAGCCUUCCAACCUCUGGCAGCAGCAGCUGGAAACUAUCCAGCGUUCCAGAGCCUCUAAGCAUCAAUGUGGCCACAUUCGAAAAGCCAUUAAGGAAGCUCACGUUUGCACAUUUACUUGAAGCCACAAACGGAUUCAGCGCCGAUAGUUUGAUUGGUUCUGGCGGUUUUGGUGAUGUCUACAAAGCACAGUUGAAGGAUGGCACUGUUGUUGCUAUAAAGAAACUAAUACACGUGACGGGCCAAGGAGACAGGGAAUUCAUGGCAGAAAUGGAGACGAUAGGGAAAAUAAAACACAGGAACCUCGUGCCCUUAUUGGGAUACUGUAGGAUCGGUGAGGAAAGGCUUCUCGUUUACGAGUACAUGAAAUGGGGAAGCCUGGAGGCAGUUCUUCACGACCGGGACAAAAUCGGAGGGACGAGGCUUGACUGGCCAGCAAGAAAAAAGAUCGCAAUUGGAUCAGCAAGGGGCCUCGCAUUUCUUCACCACAGCUGCAUACCACACAUAAUCCAUCGUGAUAUGAAAUCUAGCAACGUGCUUCUAGACGAGAACUUUGAGGCGAGGGUGUCUGAUUUUGGAAUGGCAAGACUAGUGAACGCCCUCGACACUCAUUUAAGCGUGAGUACACUUGCAGGGACUCCAGGUUAUGUCCCUCCUGAGUAUUACCAGAGUUUCAGGUGCACGACUAAAGGAGACGUUUAUAGUUAUGGCGUAGUCUUACUUGAACUUCUAUCAGGCAAGAAGCCAAUCGACACGUUGGAGUUUGGAGAUGACAACAAUCUUGUUGGAUGGGCAAAGCAGCUGCAUAAGGAUAAAAGGAGUCAUGAGAUACUGGAUCCUGAACUAAUAACGAGUUUGUCAGGCGAUGCUGAACUGUACCAUUACCUCAAAAUUGCGUUCGAGUGUCUGGACGACAAGCCUUACCGGCGACCAACGAUGAUCCAAGUUAUGGCCAAGUUCAAGGAGCUGCAGACAGAUUCAGAAAGCGAUAUACUUGAUGGGAUCUCGGUGAAAAAUUCAGUGAUCGACGAAUCACAAGAAAGGGAACCUUGAUGAUAUGGUCUCCAGUUCCACAUUUUACCACUGUAAAUAAUACAUAGCUUAAGGAGCAGAAGGUGAUGGCAAAGGAUCAAUGCAAGACACAAACUCUGGUUGUUUUUUCAUUACAGGUGCUGAGAUUGAGGAAAUUUUGUGCCAUCUGCAUUGAAAAUGUUGUUUCCUGUCAAAAUUUUUGCAGACUGAUGAGGUUUAUUUACUCUGUUAGGAUGUUUAAGCCCUUGUCAUGUGUAUUCCACUGAGGUCCAAAACUUCUUGUUGUUAAUACAAAUCUAUGAUUCAAUGUUGUGAGAUCACAGUCCUGUUGAUAUACGAUGUAAAUAAACGUCCCAAAUUGAUUGUA